UAGAGUGAUUCGGUACCAAAGUUAAUCGGCUACAAACAUCAAGACAUAACCUUACAUAAUCUAAAAAUGUUAAUAAACAAAAACACACAAAUUAUCGGCUGCCGGACAAUUUUAGUGCCUUACAAAGCCGAACAUGUCUCAAAGUAUCACAGUUGGAUGCAAUCUGAAGAACUCCAAAAGCUGACGGCUUCGGAGCCCCUUACUUUAGAGGAGGAAUACGACAUGCAAAAGUCCUGGAUGAUGGACGAAGACAAAUGUACAUUCAUAAUUCUUGAUAAAGAGAAAUACAACAGUUGUGGAAACGAAAUUGAGUCAAUGAUUGGCGACACAAAUCUGUUUUUUGCAAACGCUGACGACAGGAUUUGUGCAGAGGCUGAAAUUAUGAUUGCAGAACAAUGGGCUAGAGGUAGGAAAUGCGGUUCUGAAGCCAUGCUACUCAUGUUUCUCUACGGAAUUGAAACACUCGGUGUAAAAGAAUUUGUUGUAAAAAUUUCAGACGAUAAUGAUGUUAGCAUCCACAUGUUCAAAAGUUGCGGGUUUAUUGAAACUGGUCGUAGCGAGAUUUUUAAAGAAAUUACUUUCAGUAAAAUAGUUGAUGAGACGUGGAUAGCGUGGCUUAAAAGUACAGUUGGCGAUUAUGAGGUGGUUGAAAAUAAAACAUAAUUUUUUUGUUCAUGCUUUAAA